AUGAAAGUUCUUGGAAAAGGCAAAGGUUUAGGGUAUGUAUGGAUCGACUUGGAGGGAUGUAUCAUUUGCAGUUGUUACAUCUCUCCAAAUGUCGAGGCAAGGUAUUUUGAGGACAUGCUCUUGGAGCUGACUCAAAUGGCAAGUAUACACAACGGGAAACCGUUAGUGGUAUGUGGGGAUUUUAAUGCUAAAUCACCAGAGUGGGGGGGAGAUUUCCAAAACCCCACAGGGCGAAUGAUGGCAGAAUGGGUAGCAUCAAUGGACUUUGUGGUUCAUAAUGAUGGUGAGAAACCUACGCUAGUGAGGAGAGAAGGUUGCUCGUARAUAGAUCUCACACUGAGCUCAACUAAUGUAGCGAGAAGGAUAAAGAGAUGGAAAGUCGAAGAGGAAGAAACUCUUAGCGACCACCAAUAUGUAACAUUCGAAAUCGAGUCAGACAACAGACGUCGACCUAGGAGAAACAUUUCCGCUAGUGUCAGUUCGAGAAAUCCGUGCUGGCGGGUAAAGGGUAUGAACUUUGAGUCUCUAGGCCGGAGUUUUAUGGAAGAAAUGCGAGCUAAUGAGACACCUAGCUAUUUGGACAUGGUCGAAGCUAUUAAAAAGGCUUGUGACAAAAAUUUGCUACGCCGUAAACCGGAUGGUGGCUCUAGGAGACGCAGUGUCUACUGGUGGAAUAGCGAAAUUGCUAAGGCAAGGGUAGAAUGCAAUCGGGCGCGAAGGAAAGCAAUGCGCCUUAAUGCGAGACGUAAUAGUGUAGAAAUGCUGGAGGCAAACAAAAUCUACAAAGAAAAACGUAAAGUCUACCGAACACUCAUCCGGAAGGCUAAAGAAGUCAAAUGGAACGAYCUCCUUGAUGACCUUGAAAGGGAUCAAUGGGGUCUCGGCUACCAGAUUGUAACCAAAAAACUGGGCCUGGGAGGUGGACAAGCUGCUCUCAGACCAGCAGACAAGAGACACAUAGUGGAUGUGCUAUUUCCGAAGCACCACACUAUGCAGUGGAACAUCGCCGGUGACGGCGAAAUCGAGUAUUUUACUCAAGUUGAGAUGAAGCGAGCAGUUGGCAAGCUAAAGCUAGGAAAAGCUCCUGGUCCUGACAACAUUCCCGUUGAAGUGAUUAGGGCUGUGGCUAAUGGAGAGGGUGUACAAUAA